UCUAUUCUAUUCCUGCUCUGCUCUGCUCUAUUCUAUUCUGUCCUCACUUUUGGGUCUCCUGUGGAUUUCAAUGUCCUUUGUCAAAUUUGAAGAAAAGGGGAUGCAGACUUCUGCCCUUCCCAUCCCCCCAUCAAGUGCAGGCUAAGGCAUGUAAAUUUCUGUUGCUUUAAAUGCACCAGAAUGCCUGAAGCAGUUUCCUAGCAACCUGGGUUUGGUUUCCUAGCAACCUGAGCUUGGUUUCCACGCCAAAGCUGGUGCGUGGGUACCAGGCUGGUCCUCCACCCGGCUCUUCUCUUUCUUUGGACGGAGCGACUUUGCUCUGAGCAACCCCCGCCUGCCCAGCAGUUCCCAUGGCCGAAGAGCCCGAUCCUGAAGCUGCCACUGCCGCCUUGCGCAGUGCAGACGAAAGUUGCGCAGGUCAGAGAACCAGUGAUCAAUACCGGGUGAGCCAGGACUUACCUGCCCGGUUCAACCAUCCGGGAUGGUUUCGGGGUUACAGAGUGAAAGAACGCAACCCAUUGUUCAGGACGACCAACAUGGAUUACGGAGCUAAACCACCAACAGCGCACGAGAUGCCGACCAGUUUCCAUGUCAGUCCACAUGCCUUCUCUAACCGUCUCAUCACGUUCGGCAUGUACAGGAACCAUGGCAUCAACACCGUCAUGGAAAAAAGCUAUGUUACUGGCCCUGACAACUUCAUCACUUUCCUGGAUACCCUCAACUUCCACCCCAGUUACCGAACUAAAGGACCCUCCGUUUCGGAGUAAGGGCACCGGAAGGCUUCCUGGUCUCCUUUAGCAUUUUACCAUUCCACCAGACCAAAAAAUGAUUCCUCGAAAUGUUUCUAAAACCCACCCACCCCCUUUCCUUGGAAUAUUUUUUUUCAAAGGUGGCUUGCACUAGACUCCAAAAUACUCCUAAGGGGGCUUGUAGCUUGCAAAAACAGUCUUAGCCUCUUUCUUAAUACGAUAAACAUGUUAAAACAACAUUACCUGCCAUAAAAAUGGGAAUGGCCAGGUCUCUGAGCUAGGUUCCAAAUUAGGGCAAGGUCUACUUUGCCAGUCGAGGAUUCCACAUCUGUCCCACAGAAGCCACAGCAACUGAUAAGAAGAAAAUCUUUGUAGCUCACGUUUGAACCGUGGGGUCCUUGAUGCUCUCUGAUCUUGGUGGUUUUCUCACAGACAUUUCAUUGUCAGUCUAGCACUGAGGAUGUUACCUAGUUUGGUAAUGAGAUGUCUGCAAGAAAACCACCGAGCUCAGGGAGCACCAAGGACGCUGUAGGAACAGCUGUGAAAUUUUUCCUGGGGCUCUGCCAAUCAUUGAGACAAAUCAACCAGAGCUCUGUGUUCAAGGCAGUUUCCUAAUUUUGUGGCAGCCGCUUUUGCUGGGCCAAGGACCGUCUCACUUUUGAAUGAUGCCUACAAUCCAAAGAGAAAUGAGUUGGUGGGGGGUGGGGAGAGAAAAUCUGGAUCUGAUAAUUCAAUACAUUGACUAGGGAAGUGCAGUGCUUCAGAUGUGAAGCCAAAUGGGUAUGCUGGGACUUGUUAGGUGCAUACAUGGCUCCUGACUGCAAUUUGUUAAAUCCCCAGGAAAAGAUGCAGCUGCUUUAAGGAAUGGUGGGCGGGAGCGAUCUGGGGAGCUGUUGGUGGCUCUGAAAUGGAGGGGGCGUGGGGACACUCGCAACACUUAGGAACGCCUUGUUGCAACCUGUUAGUACCCCAGGAUUCAGAUACGUGUUUUUCUGGAGCCAGAAGGUUAGUGCGUGAAGAGAAAAAUCAAUCGGAAUAGAGCUGGAAGAGACCUUGUAGAUCUUCCAGUCCAACCCCUUGCUCAAGGAGGAGACCCUAUACAAUUUGAGACAAAUGGCUGCCCAGUCUCUUCUUAAAAAUCUUGUGAUGAAGCACCCCCAGCGUCUGGAGGCAAGCUCUUUUACCGGUUAAUUGUCCUGUUAGGAACAUUCUCCUUAAUUCCAGGUUGCUUCUCUCCUUGAUUAGUUUUUAUCGUUUCUUGUCUUCUGGUGCUUUGGAAUUUAUGUUGACACACCACCACUACCACCCUUCUCAUUGUGGCAGCCCCUCAAAUACUGGAAUAUUCUUCUAGGGGUGACAGCUUGCCUCCUGGAGUUGUGGAUGAUCCAUCCCUGGAGGUUUUCAAGAAGAGAUUGGAAAACCAUUUGAUCAGGCUGGUAUAGCAGGAUGGUUAAGACUAGAGCAGGGCUUGGCCUAGAAGAACUCCCAGCUCUCUCCCAGCCUCCACCGGUGUCUCUAUAGUCUAUGAAAAGGCAUGUUUGAAAAGGAGGGAAACUGCACACUGUUCAAGUUCAACAAGAGCCCUUAAUCACAGUAUUGUCAUUCGCGCAAUAGCUUUAAUAUCCAUUUAUCUGUCUAAUGUCAAACCUGAAGCAGUGUCGCCAACCUUUCCUAAGCAUCGGUUUCUCUCAAGUGAGAAAUAAGAGUAGAAAUAACCAUGCGUAUACAUGUGACCCUUUAACCGCCAAAAUUAAAGAGAAGUGUCAGCGUUCAAUGUGAAGGAUAUGGAAGCAAGUGGCAAGAAGCCCCAAUAGCUAGUCACUAGUAUAUUACACAAACAAUUGUUACACAAACUACUGCUUAGUGCAGUAGCUUUGAUAAAAGCUUGUUACAGACAAUGUCAGCGAAAGUGCUGUGGAUUCAUGAUCACGGCAAAAUGUCCUAUCUCCAUUUUUUUGUGACUCAGCUGUUGUGGUCUUGCCAACCAAGAAUCCAGGCAAUCUGGAUUUGUUUAAAAAAUGACAGCUAAGAAAAUUGGGGCUUAGCGUACGAAUGAACUCUUUCAACACGCUGCUGGUUUAAUGUCAAAAUACACUCACAUAAUCAAUCUUCAAUUCCCAUAAAAAUUACUGUUUUCCUCUCUGUGUUUGGUCAGAGAAUUUCACCCCCGUCUUUCCAAAUGAGACCUGAUGCGAAAUCCAUGUUUUGGAAAGACUUUUCCUUCUUUGGGGCCCUGUCCAGAGUCCCUAAAGCACAGAAGACCCUGUGAGGGUUGCAGGGAGUGCUAAUGUGCCAGGGUUACCAGAGCAAGCAGAACAAAAAUGUUCAUAAAACUCUAAAGUCGAAAGGACCCAACCAG